UUUCUCGAGCAGUGAACGUCAUCUUUAAAAAGUUUUCAACAUGACUGGUCGCGGAAAGGGAGGAAAGGGAUUGGGAAAAGGAGGAGCAAAGCGCCAUAGGAAGGUUUUGCGUGAUAACAUCCAGGGUAUCACGAAACCUGCGAUCCGUCGUCUGGCUCGUCGUGGUGGUGUCAAACGUAUAUCCGGUUUGAUUUACGAAGAAACUCGCGGUGUGCUGAAAGUGUUUCUCGAAAACGUUAUUCGAGACGCUGUAACGUACACCGAACACGCCAAAAGGAAGACUGUGACGGCCAUGGACGUCGUCUACGCCCUGAAGAGACAAGGACGUACUCUGUACGGUUUUGGAGGUUAAGCGAACCAUCGACGUACGAUUCCUGGCGAUCGUCAAUCAAAACGGCCCUUUUCAGGGCCACAAUUGCUUAACAUGGAAACGCUGUUCAAUUCAACUGUAGACCCUUAAUCCUUUGAAACCAUUUUGUCUUUGUUACUAUAAAAAAAUAUCCUAACCGGGGACAUUUCCUUUGUAACAUUGUAAAUAUGUUGAUGCAUAAAUAUUCUGAAUACAGUCUACUAUUAUAUGGUGCCGAUAUUGAUUCGGCUUUAGUUAUGCAGGGUGAGUCUCCUAACAUGACCUCAAAUAACUCGUGAGGUAUUCGUUGUACGAAACAAUGUUUCAAACAAAAGUUGCAUGGUAACUAAGGGGACAUACAGUGCAUCUGUUUUUUGUUACCUUGUUUAUUGAGAUAUUGGAAUGUAUUUUUUUUCGAAUUCGGAUAAACAUCAAAUUUUGCGUAAAAAAGUAUCACACAAAGUGAGUCUUCAAAUGAAUAAUUACUGAGAUAUCUUAAUCUUAUAUUAGGAAAUACGCUUAGUCAACGUGAUUCUUAACACGACUUUGUUUACGACGGCAGGUCAUGUCUGUAAACAAGUUCCCUGUUCGAUGUUAGAAAUCCAACACGAAAUGCCUAUUUAGUAUCUCGGUAAACGCAAAGUCGUAUUGAGAAAGGUGCUACAUUUUUAUUACGAUGUUCAAUAACAGUAAAAAUUACGAUAUGAUAAUUGUUUAUGCGUGUGAAUUUUCAUUUGAAUUCUCUUGUAAUACACAAAAUAUAUUCCAACACCGCGUAUUGUUAUACAACCUAACC